ACUGAAAAUUGCAGAGCAUUUUAUCGUCAUACUCACAUCAUCAUAUAAGAAUUCCACUUUUUGUCAUCCCCCCCUUUUCCCCAAUAAAUAUAAAUAAAAAUAUAAAACCCAUUUGGACCCCAAAAUUCACGGAUAUAUAUAAAACCCUAAAGACAAAAAGACUAAACCACCGAAAGUCUCCAACACUUUCAUUUCAUUUCAUUUCAUUUCAGUAUACACACACACACACACACACAUAUAUAUAUAUAUAUAUAUAUAUGUAUCUCACUCAUCUCUCUCACUUGGUCGGUCAAAAAGCAAAUCAGAAAACAAGAACAGUAUUCAGUGAGAAAAAAAAAAAACAAACUUGACUCAGACAAGAACAAGAUAUGCAGCCAGCUGAUCAUCAAAACCAAGAGCUCUACCGUUUUUUGGCCCAAAACGGGUUAAUUAACAUGAACAACAACAAUGGUUCAUAUGUUGGGUUUCCAGGAGGAGCUAGCUGUGAUCAGUUUUCAGCUAUGCAAAGCUUUUGCAGCUCUUCUUCUUACAAUUAUUACCCUCUGGAGGUCUCUGGAGUUAGCACUGAACAUGAAACCUCACCUCAAGACAGAGCCCUUGCUGCUCUCAAGAAUCACAAGGAGGCUGAGAAGAGAAGGAGAGAGAGAAUCAACUCCCAUCUCGAUAAGCUUCGAGGCCUUCUUCCUUGCAAUUCCAAGACAGACAAAGCCUCGCUGUUAGCAAAGGUGGUUCAACGAGUGAAAGAGCUGAAACAACAAACUUCAGAGCUCACUGAGCUUGAGAGCUUCCCUUCUGAGACUGAUGAAAUCACUGUGCUCUCUUCGGAUGAUUAUUCAAGUGAUGGAAGAAUUAUUUUCAAGGCCUCGUUGUGCUGCGAGGACCGGACCGACCUCCUACCUGAUCUAAUUGAAAUUCUAAAGUCCCUCCAUCUCAAGACACUCAGAGCUGAAAUGGCCACCCUCGGAGGAAGAAUUCGCAACGUGCUUAUCGUUGCUGCGGAUAAAGAUCACACCAUUGAAUCAGUCCAUUUCUUGCAGAAUGCGUUGAAGUCAUUACUAGAACGCUCAAAUGCUAGUGAAAGAUCGAAAAGGCGACGCGUAUUAGACCGCACAUUAGUCCUUUAAUUAGUACUAGUACAUAUUGCUAAAAUGGUGAUCAUAACUAUUUUCAAGUUUGUCUUUCAUUCUAUAUAUUUUCUCAUAUAUGUAAUUUUAUUUGAAAUUAAUUGUGUGGGUUUGUUUUUAAUUUAUAUAUGGAUUGGUUUUUUAGGGCUUUCAAUCUCAGACUCAGAGCAUUCUUGUUGCAAUUCGCAUGCAUGUGAUCCUUUGUCUUCAUUAGCAAAAAGAAACCAUUUUAAUGA